UGGAGGAGGCUCGUGUCCACUCCCACAACACCCGUGUGUCUUUCCCGCGAAUUGGUUGCGCUUGUGCCGUGACAUAGCUCGGUGCUAGGUGAUGCAUAGAGGUUCAGGGUAACGUUACUGUUUUUAGGAUUACGUGAACAAUACAGUGAAAAUAGCAUUCAAACUCGAACAUGGCGAAGCAAAGCUCCCUUUUCAAUUUCUUCAAAAAGUCUCCGCCGCCGGUCUCCAAGCCGAAGCCGAGUCUCUCUCCGGCCGAGGCAGACCUGCCUUCCUCCGUAGAGAAGUCCUCUUCUCCGAAAGAGCAAGCUAAACAGACACCGCAACAACUAACCAAGACCAACAAAGUUAAGCCGAAAAGUAACAAGUCUUCGAAAGGGGGAUUCAACAAACUGUUUGGCGACACGGCCCCAACAACCAAACAAAGCAACACAUGCACAUUCAGUGCUGGUGUCCUUGUGUGGGCUAAACUGGAGGGACACCCCUGGUGGCCAUGCAUGGUGGUACCCCAACCUCUGACUGGACAGCAGAUGAGGGGCCGGGGUCGGGACCAACGCAUACAUGUCCAUUUCUUUGAUGAACCCCCCACUAGAGGAUGGGUCAGCACCAAAUAUAUCCGAGAGUACCAUGGCUCUGACAGCAGUGAUGCUAAAACGGGAGGGGUGUUCUUCAGCGGCAAACCUGUAAUCCGUCAUGCAAUGGAGCUCGCUGAUGGAGUUAUGUUUGACAGCCCUGAAAAAAGAUUAAAGAUGCCUCUCUGUAUGGAUCCAUCCGAUGAGGAGGAAGAGGAUGAUGAAGAAAUGGAGCUUGACAAGUCAACAGUGAGUGAAGAGGUCAGUGAUGAGGAAGAAGAGGAAAAUGAGAAGGUGAAAUUGUCCAAGGUCAGUCGACGUUCAUCCCGCGCGUCAACAGAGAAGGGAAAUAAGGCCAAGCGCCGCCGCAUAGUUGUAGCCUCAGACAGUGAUGGAUCAGAUGAGGAAUUCAAACCAGAACAGGCUGCGUCCAGCAGUGAGGAUGAGCUGGAAGAAGCAGCAGCGGUGAGCAGUGAAGAGGAGAGCACGCAUGAGUCGGAAGCAGAAAGCCCCAUCAAGCCUGCAAAGCGCAAACGUCCUGCAGAAAAGCCUGCUUCUACAAAAGCCAAGAUACCUACUACCCCGUCUAAUGCACCAAAACGUGCUCCAGCAGCUGUUGCAGUCGACACAAAGUCUCGUCUGUCAGCCUUCUCUGCCCCUGACAACUUUGAGAGCCAGGCAAAUGGAUCAGGCACCAUUGGAAGCGCCACAAUUUGGGACCAUGAGAAGCUGGAGUGGUGCCAGGAUGGCAGGAGGAAAGACAGCCGAAGGCGGCGACAGACCGAGGAUGACUAUGAUCCCACCACACUGUAUGUACCAGAAGACUUUCUAAACCGAAACAGUCCUGGUAUGCGUCGCUGGUGGCAGCUCAAAUCUGAGAUGUUUGAUACAGUCAUUUUCUACAAAGUGGGGAAGUUUUAUGAGCUCUACCACAUGGAUGCUGUGAUCGGAGUCAACGAGAUGGGACUAACAUUCAUGAAGGGGACCUGGGCACACUCAGGCUUCCCAGAGAUUGGCUUUGCGCGUUUCUCAGAUGUGCUGGUCCAGAAAGGCUACAAGGUGGCUCGUGUGGAGCAGACGGAGACCCCAGAGAUGAUGGAAGCACGCUGUAAGAACAUGGCUAAGCCCACAAAGUUUGACCGUGUGGUGAGAAGAGAAGUGUGCCGGAUUAUCACACGUGGUACCCAGACCUACAGUGUGUUAGAUGGUGCUCCUUCUGAGAGUCAGAGCAAGUUCCUGCUGAGUGUAAAGGAAAAGGCUGAAGAGGAAAGCUCUGGUCGUUGCCGUGCAUACGGAGUCUGCUUUGUAGAUACCUCUGUGGGUUAUUUUCAUGUUGGUCAGUUCCCAGACGAUCGUCACUGCUCACGCCUGCGCACCCUAAUAGCACACUUUGCCCCUGCUGAAGUGCUCUUUGAAAGGGGAAACCCAUCCGUUGAAACACGCAAAAUACUCAAGGCCUCUCUGUCCUCUGCUCUGCAGGAAGGGCUUAAUGCAGGCACCCAGUUCUGGGAUGCUCAAAAGACUCUGAAAACCCUUUCAGAAGAAGAUUACUUUAAAGAGGCUGCUGGCAAGGAACAAGGGACAGGGAACAACUUUCUUCCUGCUCCAUUAAAAAAGAUGACACCUGAGAGUGAUUCCCUGUGCCUUACUCCCAAAGAGGGCUAUGAGCUGGGACUCUCGGCACUGGGUGGAUGCAUUUUCUAUCUGAAGAAAUGUCUGGUAGAUCAAGAGCUGCUCUCUUUGGCCAACUUUGAAGAAUAUGUCCCUGUUGAUGUUGAGCUGGAGAAAGCUGCCGGACCUGCCAGUUUCUUUGCCCAGACUCGUCAGCGGGUGGUUCUUGAUGGAGUGACUCUGGCAAACUUAGAAAUCUUUCAGAAUGGGUCAGGAGGAAAAGAAGGGACGCUGCUGGAGCGUUUGGACACCUGCUCUACCCCGUUUGGCAAGAGGCUGCUGAAGCAGUGGCUCUGUGCGCCUCUGUGUAACCCCACAUCCAUCAAGGACCGACUGGAUGCAGUGGAAGACCUGAUUGGAGCUCAGGCCCAGGCUACUGAGGUUUCAGACCUGCUGAAGAAGCUCCCAGAUUUGGAGCGUCUUCUGAGCAAAAUUCACAGCAUUGGCACUCCUCUGAAGGGCCAGGAUCACCCUGACAGCAGAGCAGUUCUCUAUGAGGAGGUCACCUACAGCAAGCGCAAGAUAGCAGACUUUCUCUCAGCACUGGAAGGUUUCAAAACUAUGCAGGAGAUCAUUACUGUCCUCGCUCCAGUUACAGCCGAAUCUCGAUCCGCAUUGCUCCGUCAAGUGGCCAGUCUGCAAAGUGAAAAGGACGGCCUCUUUCCCGACCUCUCUGCUGAACUCAGGCGCUGGGAGACAGCCUUCGACCACCAGAAAGCCCGCACUACUGGUGUCAUAACCCCUAAAGCUGGCUUUGACCCCGAGUACGACCAGGCUCUGGCGUCAAUCAAGAACUGUGAGCGAGAGCUGCAGGAUUACCUGGACAGACAGAAGAAGAGGAUUGGCUGUAAAAGCAUGUCCUAUUGGGGAACUGGGCGAAACCGCUACCAGAUGGAGGUGCCUGACAGUGUCUCAGAGAGGAAUAUUCCCGAGGAGUACGACGUGAAGUCUACAAAGAAAGGCUGGAAGCGUUAUGUGACCAAGGAGACCGAACGGCUGUUCUCAGAGCUGCAAGGAUUUGAAGAGAAGAGAGAUGCUGCCCUGAAAGACUGCAUGAGGAGGCUUUUCUACAACUUUGACAAGAACUACAGAGACUGGAAGACUGGUGUGGAGUGCAUGGCAGUGAUUGAUGUGCUGCUGUCCUUGUCCCGCUACAGCCAGGGCGGAGACGGACCGAUGACCAGGCCACAGGUGGUGCUCCCUGAGGGGGAUGACCAGGUAGCGGCCUUCCUUGACCUCACUGGAUCCCGUCAUCCCUGUGUCACCAAGACCUUUUUUGGCGACGACUUCAUCCCUAAUGACAUCUACAUUGGCUGCCCUGGUAGCAAUGAAACUGAUGAGAAAAACGAGCAUGCCUCUUGUGUCCUCGUCACGGGGCCAAACAUGGGUGGAAAGUCUACUCUCAUGAGACAGUGUGGACUUGUGAUCAUCCUUGCUCAGCUGGGUUGCUAUGUUCCUGCCGAGAGUCUGCGCUUCACACCGGUUGACAGAGUCUUCACUCGGCUGGGAGCCUCGGAUCGUAUCAUGGCUGGAGAGAGUACCUUCUUUGUGGAGCUAAGUGAGACUGCCAGCAUCUUGCACCAUGCCACUAAACACUCGCUUGUGCUUGUGGAUGAAUUAGGAAGAGGCACAGCCACAUAUGAUGGCACAGCGAUCGCCAGUGCUGUUGUGAAGGAGCUUGCUGAGAAGGUCUGCUGUCGCACCCUCUUCUCUACACAUUAUCACUCCCUGGUGGAGGACUACGCCAACAACCCUGCUGUGCGGUUGGGCCACAUGGCGUGCAUGGUGGAGAAUGAAUGCGAGGAUCCAAGUCAAGAGACCAUCACAUUCCUCUACAAGUUCAUCACUGGUGCUUGUCCAAAGAGUUAUGGCUUCAAUGCUGCUCGACUUGCCAGCCUGCCAGAGGUGGUCAUCCAAUCAGGACACAAGAAGGCCAGAGAGUUUGAGAAGAGCACCAUCAGCCUCAGACUCUUCAAGAAGCUCUGCCAGUUUGCUGAAGAUCCUACACUGAGCAACACACACUUUGCUUCACUUGUUCAGAUGCUCAACACCAUAUAGUUUAGAAACAUGCUUUGUUGCUGAAUUGUUCUCAGUACUUGAAAAAACACUACUGUUAUGAUCUAAUAAAGUUUAUUUUUAAAAAAUGACAAUGUUUCAUCUAGGAAAUUAAACCCUUUUUAAUUCACGCUAACGCCUACAUAACGGUUAUUGAAUACUUCACAAUAUAUUAAGUCUAGAUGUUAUGAUACAUGCAUACAUUUCAGCCUGUAUGAGGACCCACAAUCACCAGUACACAUGAAAUGGGGAGGAGUGGGGGGGGCGCAAUGAAACCAUAUAGCGCUGUAUAUAGAUACUUGUCUCAGGUUCGGUAGAGUAAAGCCUUUUAAAUUCUCCAGCAACAUUGGCAAACAAGGGGGGAAAAUAUCAAAAUUAGCUGUGCUUUCAUGAGACUUCUCUUUUUUUCAUGGACCUAAUCCAAGUGUCAUCUAAACAGAAACUGCUUUAACAGGCCAAGAAGCAUUUGUGCCCGUUACUGAAAAGAAUGUAUCCAUCCAUGUUCUUAUCUUAUUUCCUAACCAAUUCAUUAUAAUGCCCGGAACCCAACCUGCAAUGUGUUUUAUUUGGUAAGUAAAGAGGCUGUAUCUUAAUUAGAAUAUCAUGGGGUUAUCUGGC